AUGCAGAGCCUGGUGCUACCUGGUCCGACCUCACUCCUUACCACGCCAUUCGGGCGGCCUUCAGAACCUGAAGACGGCCUUGCCAAGUUCCGGUCGAAGUUCAGUCCUAACAGGUCUGAGCACCAGGGCUACCCGUCUCCGCCCAUGUCAGAAUCUCAUUCCCCGUCUCGUCGAACAGCACAGCUUGAAUCUGCGCGCCUCUCUUACCCUCCGCCGGGAUCAUCUCAGAGACAGGACAGCCUGACUCAACCGCCGACUCUGCCAUCGUUGUACGACCCGCGGUCUACGUCGGGAGCGCAUGCUCUUCCCCUACAGCGGCCACUUUACCCUGGAGAGCCCCAGCACAGGGGUCAAGCACUCCACUACCAACCCGGACGUGCUCACGAGCACCAAUCUUACCCUCAUGCCAUCCCGCAUAACUACGGGUAUGGCUAUCAAAACACCGGCCUGCCCCCCUAUGCUGGAGUCCAGCACGGAGGCCCGAUGGUGCAGCAGGGCGCGAUGAUCGCACCACCACCGUCAAGACCGACGAAGCCAGCCAGACGCACAAAAGCGCACGUUGCGUCAGCUUGUGUUAACUGCAAGAAGGCACAUCUCAGCUGCGACGUCCAACGCCCAUGUGGCCGUUGCGUCGCUUCUGGAAAGCAGGACACAUGCAAAGAUGUGCAGCACAAAAAGAGAGGAAGGCCACGAUUGAGAGACGACAGAGAGUUCACCAGAUCAGACGACGGAAGACCACCUAGCCAGCUCGUAGGAGCGCCACCUACCUCCGAACCUCACGCUCAUCAAGCGCCUUACCCAGUAUCUCAGCAAUAUCGACCCUUCGAACCUCAUCGAAGUCUGGAGAGUACUGCGCACCAGAAGGAGCUCCAUUCCGCUGCGUCUGCGCCCCGGGACGCGCCCAACAGCGUGGGUGACUACAGCGGAGUGCAGGCACCUCCCUACGGCGUGGGACCGAAUUUGGCGUACCAAAAGCUGCCUGUCGUUUACCUAAAUUUGGACCUGGUGAUACAAAAAGCAAACCAGGCUUUCGCGGACCUCGUAUCGUUCCUCGGAGACAUCAGGGGCAAGCAUCUUGGCGAGCUUCUGGAAGCGCGACAGAAUGAGAGCAUGCAGAAGCUGCGAAACGACUUGCGCGAUGAGCGCGACGAACGUGAGCCGACGUACAUGGCGCCCAUCACCCCGGUCGGACAAGAUCCCAUGCGCGCGGUGAUGGAGUCGGUCCAGGAUCAAGACAUUGACCAUGUCACCCAGGGGUACACGAAUCGGCCCAUGUACCUCAGCUUUCGUCUGCCGGCUAGUGGACAGUACCAGUCGCUGUCGGUCCAAAUCCGGCUUGCCAGGACGUCUCUGUACUUUGUGACGCUCGUCGUGUGCUCACCACCAAGACACGCGGGACCGACUCUGUUAACGCAGCAGUUAGCGCCCUCAACAUCACGACAUACCUCUCAGGCCAUGUCCGCACCGACAGCAGUCUCGCAAUUCACGCCGCAUCAAGAGCGUCGAACCUCAACGACAAGCUCUGGACCAAACUCGCCCUUCAUCAACAUCUCCUCCAUCCGCACGUCCCUCCCCACAUUCAGUCCAAGCUCUUACAAGAGCAGCCCUUCGUACGGCUACUCUCCCACCGCAGGCCCAGAAUCGGGCUACUUCCCGACCUACCAAGUCCCGCCGCAGCCCACCAGCAGCGCAUACCCUUCGCCAUACGCACAACCAGCGCGCCCCCCAGCCGCAACAUCCGAACCUCUCCGCGAGCUCAACCGGCCUCCCCGUCUCGAAGGCCUCCAUCUGCCGCCCAUUCGAACAGGGCCCGCGCCGCUUGGUUCUCCGCUCCACGUCGAAACAAGCGCUGCGGAACGCGAGCGUGUGCGAAUGCACGACUCACCGUCCAGUAGCGCCGAGCAGCGGAGGCCCGAGUCGCCCGACAUGGGCAAGCGGCGGCGGUUGAAUAUACACGAGGUGCUCGACUAG